GUUCCUCGUCCUCUCUCCCUCUUCUUUUUUUUUCCCACUCAGGAUCCCCUCUAAUUGACAUCUCUCUCCUCUGUCCUGUAAUAUUAUUAUUUAAAGAAAUCUGUAAAAAUGGCUUCUCUCAUCCGCACCUCUCUGCGCACUGGCCUGCGUGCCAGCUCUUCCUCGGCUGCGCCCUCCUUGACCUUCACCCGCGGCAAAGCUACUCUGCCCGAUCUCGCCUAUGACUAUGGAGCUCUGGAGCCCGCUGUCUCCGGCAAGAUCAUGGAGCUGCACCACAAGAACCACCACCAGACCUAUGUCAACAGCUACAACACUGCCCUCGAGCAGCUCCAGGAGGCUCAGGCUAAGAACGACAUCUCCGCUCAGAUUGCCCUCAAGCCUUUGAUCAACUUCCACGGUGGUGGACACAUCAACCACACCCUUUUCUGGGAGAACCUGGCUCCGAAGAAUGCUGGCGGUGGUGAGCCUCCUUCCGGUGCCCUUUCCAAGGCUAUCAACGAGAGCUUUGGCAGCCUCGAGAACUUCCAGGGUCAGAUGAACACCGCCCUUGCAGGCAUCCAAGGAAGCGGUUGGGCCUGGUUGGUGCAGGACAAGCAGACCGGCAACAUCGCCAUCAAGACAUACGCGAACCAGGACCCCGUUGUUGGUCAAUUCAAGCCCCUCCUCGGUAUUGAUGCUUGGGAGCACGCCUACUACCUCCAAUACCAGAACCGCAAGGCCGAAUACUUCAAGGCUAUCUGGGAAGUGAUCAACUGGAAGAACGUGGAGAAGCGUUUCUCGUAAAUCCUGUGUGCAUGUUGUUGAUUUAUUGGAUAUAAAAGCCUCCAUCUGACAUGUAGACUUGCCAAUGUACUGAAUAUCGACACGCUCCUUUAGCCUUCCUAUGUAUAAUGCGCUUGUAGCAAGUAGCUGCUGGCAUGUGGCCUAGCCUGGAAAUUUCCCCUAGAGUCAGCUAGAUUCGAGAUUAAUACAAAAACAAAUAAAUGCUCAAUGUGCCUUU